AUGCCUCCAGAACGGACUAAUGCGCCGGUGAAGCUGUCACUGCCUUUGCAAUACCAGCAGGACAUCUUCACCGAACUACGCGCCGAGGAUGAGCUGGUUAUACUUGCUCGUGGCCUGGGUCUCUUACAACUUAUAACGAACUUCCUUCACUUCCAUGAUGUGGCAGGGAACAAUUUGGUGUUGGUGGUCGGCGCGGAUGACCGAGAAAACGAAUGGAUCGGAGAGGCGCUGUCGGAACAUAAUGAUCGCAGCAAGUCUCCAAUGGCUAGAGGGCUGAAAGCCAUCAACACCGAUAAAGCGAGCGUAUCCAUGCGAGAGCGAAUAUACGCCAAGGGAGGAAUAAUGAGUGUGACAUCUAGAAUUUUGGUCACGGAUUUGCUAUCGAAGCUGCUUGACCCUGAAAAAGUUACAGGGAUGGUUAUCCUGCAUGCCGAUAAGGUGGUGGCAACGUCUCUGGAGGCAUUCAUCGUGCGAAUCUAUCGGCAAUCAAAUAAGCGAGGCUUUUUGAAGGCAUUUUCUGAAUCCCCUGAACCAUUCACCACGGGGUUUGCACCUUUGGCUAAUAUGUUGCGGAAUUUGUUUCUUCGAAAAGCAUCUCUGUGGCCCAGAUUUCAUGUAGCUGUAUCCGAGGCUCUAGAAGGUGACCGCAAGGCUGAAGUGAUUGAGCUGGAGGUUCCAAUGAGCUCGAAAAUGCGAGAAAUUCAGAACGCCGUUCUUGAAUGUGUUGAGCUCAGUGUUGCAGAACUUCGCAAGGCCAACGCUGGCCUAGACAUGGAAGAAUGGACCUUGGACAGCGCUUUGCACAGAAACUUUGCAGCAGCGAUUAGGCGACAGCUGCAAACAAUCUGGCAUCGAGUGUCCUAUCGGACGAAGCAAAUUGUCAAUGAUCUGACAGAUCUUCAGUCUAUCCUCCAGGCCCUGGUUACGUACGAUUCCGUAUCAUUUGUGAAAUUUUUGGAUACGAUUGUAAUGGCAAAUGCGCCGCCUCCUGGGUCCAAUGCCCAUAAUUACUCACCGUGGCUUUUCCUUGAUGCUGCGCAUGUUCUUUUUCAGACAGCCAAGUCAAGAGCAUACGAAGGGAAGCUUGAUUCAACGUCUUCGGCUGCAUUUUCGGCCGCCUUGCAGCCUGUCCUUGAGCCUCUUCCAAAAUGGAGUGUACUUGCAGAGGUACUUCAAGAGAUUGAACAUGAUGCUUACUUGCACCCAACCAAUGUGGACGAAUCAAAUAGCACCAUCCUAAUCAUGUGCAGCGCGGUGAAGACUUGUUAUCAGCUCCGUGAGUAUAUCGGGACCAUGAGCACCAAAAUUGGCACAGCAAAACCCGCAGAUGGAGAGGAAGACGACUCAAACGAAGAAGGCUCUUCAGCAGAUGUCAUGAUGAGGCGCCGGCUACGGAGCUACCUCAAUUGGAAAAGAGCAUUAUCAAACGUGAAUAAAAAUCUAUCGCAAGACGGAGAUCAGCCCGGAACUCCGGGAGAAGCAUCGUCUGGUCAAAGACAACAACAAGGAAGACCUCCCCCCAACAAGCGUCGGCGAGUUCGGGGUGGAGGAGCUGUCAACUCUGCAGCUGCACGCGUGCCGAAUAGCAGUGUUCAAACCCAAAUUGAACAGCCUGUUGAAGUGAUCAAUCUUCUCAAUGAAAUACAACCUACCGAGGUUGAAGAAACGCAAAAGAUUGAAAUCGAUAUUGACGAACUUGAGGACAUGGAAGACUAUUACGAACUUUAUGAUAUGAAUGACCUUGUCACAAUACAUUCAUAUGAUGGUGACAUGGAUGAGCACAUUUUAGAGGAGGUUCGGCCGCGGUACAUCAUCAUGUAUGAGCCCGACUCCGCGUUUAUUCGCAGAGUUGAGGUCUACCGUAGCUCUCACUCCGGCAGAAAUGUGAAGGUGUACUUCAUGUAUUAUGGUGGGUCGGUUGAGGAGCAGCGAUAUUUGAGUGCCGUGCGUCGAGAAAAAGACUCAUUCACCAAGUUGAUCAGGGAGAAAGGAAACAUGGCUGUUACUUUGACUCAUGACAAGAGUGCUGAAAACCCGCAAGAGCAAUUCCUGCGCACAGUCAACACUCGUAUCGCGGGAGGUGGACGACUGGCAGCCACUGCAUCCCCACCACUGGUGGUGGUCGAUGUGCGUGAGUUUCGAAGUGCGCUUCCGUCUCUUCUACAUGGCAAUAACACAGUUGUCGUUCCCGUUCAACUCACAGUGGGCGAUUAUAUUCUCACCCCUGAUAUUUGCGUGGAGCGAAAAUCUGUUCAGGAUCUCAUGCAAUCUUUAAGAAACGGUCGCCUGUACAACCAAGCCGAAACCAUGCUCCAGCACUACAAAUACCCACUUCUACUGAUCGAGUUUGACCAGAACAAGGCCUUUACCUUUGAUGCGUUCACAGCUGGCAUUAGGACCGAAUCUGGAUUUUCUUCUGCCGGAACGCCAAUCAGCGGGGUUUCCGGGGGAUUGGCGAAUCCAUCGGCCCCCAAAAGUGCUCAGCACUUGCUUGUGCUUCUCACACUUGCAUUCCCACGCCUCAAAAUCAUCUGGUCAUCCUCCCCCUACCAGACCGCCGAGAUAUUUGCCGAGCUCAAGAAGAACAACCCGGAACCUGAUCCCGUUCGAGCGGUCCAGAUUGGCUUGGAUAUUGACAUCACUGGAUCUGGAUCAGACAAUGUCAUGGCUGCGGCUGGAAUUGAGCAUCGUACUUUCAAUCUCCUUCCACAAGAUAUGCUACGGGCCGUACCCGGAGUGACACCGCAAGCCCUUGAUCGUCUGAUUUUAGAGACGGAUAAUAUUAAUGAGAUAGCUAAUAUGGAUGCGGACCAACUAGAUCCGCUGGUCGGGAAGGAAGCUGCCCGUAGGAUUGUUGGAUUCUUCCGGAAGAAUCUUUUCGAUGAUUAA